AUGGUGCUCCAAGUGGACGGAAAGCCCAUGAUUUUAAAGAGCCAGCUUAAGUACUCGCUCAAUUGUCCACAUUUGGAGUGUCAGAGGAUCGAGAGGCCAAGCCUUCGCUUCGGCGGCUGCGACGGUUGGGGUGGGGCGGCUGCGGCGGCUGCGGCGGCUGCGGCGGCUGCGGCGGCUGCGGCGGCUGCGGCGGCUGCGGCGGCUGCGGCGGCUGCGGCGGCUGCGGCGGCUGCGGCGGCUGCGGCGGCUGCGGCGGCUGCGGCGGCUGCGGCGGCUGCGGCGGCUGCGGCGCAGGCAACGGACGCGGCCGCCGGCGGUUGGCUAGGGGUCCGCGCGGCAGGGACGUGGAUCCUAUGCGGUUAUUCGCAAGGCGCAGGCGCCCCUGCCCCUGCCCCGCCAGCGGGCGGUUUCCAGCGGCGGUUUCCAGCGGGCGGUUUCCAGCAGCGGCGGGAUGUUCCCUGGAAGGAGCCACAGGGUUGCGGAGAAGUCCACCCAGAAGGUGCUGGACCCCGAGAAGGACGGGCUGACGCUGACUGCUGGGCCUAUCAGAUCCUGGGAGGAACUACUCCUCCCUGCAUGCCAUCCUCAUGGCUCUGCAGAGUCUCCAUUCGCCACCUGAAGAGGACAUGGGACAGCGUUUCCAGGGGAAUGAGAUCAACUACUCCAAAAAGAAUAAGUCCAGCUCUCCAAAUAGACACCGAGCCCACUCCAGCCCCAGAGGCUUCCUGCCACCCCAAGAACCAGCUGAUGGAGGAGAAGCCUGACUUCCUGGACUUCCCUUCCCAGCUCGUGGCAGAGCAUCUGACAUACUUGGAUGUGGUGAGCAGCUGUACUCUCAGGGCGGGGCAACGGCAGAGGCAGGAUUUUCUGUUCUCAGCUGCACUAUACCUACCUUUCCAUGAUGUGAACUCCUGUGAUAUGGGACCAGAUAUCAGCUGCACCCCUUACCAACCAUGGAAACCCAUCAGGGUACUUAGACCUAAGCUUUCACUUUCUAGCUGCGGACCGUAGAGAUAGACACUGAUAAGGACUGAUGCAGAGUUACUAUGUAGAUGAAAUGAGCCAGAACAGAUGGACAAAUGGGUAGGCUCUGGUUCCUUUUAGGGUGGAGGAGGGCAGCUCCCUGUGUGCAGCCAAGUCCAUGGGUCACCUACACAUCUGCCUUGGAGGCUGAGCACCCUCAACAUGUAUUAGGCAUGUGCUGUGUACUUAAGGACAAGGUAGAGAGACAAACCCGUGGUUUCAGUGAACAUGUGAGAAUGUGCAUGUGAAAGGAAAGAAGGACCAGAGGGAUGAAAAUUUGGAGGAGAAGAUGCCCCCUUGGGGGCACCACCUCAAAUGGCCACCUGGAGCUGGGAUGAUCAACGUGCACAUGCCCUCCUUCUUUCCCUUGCCUCUACUUACUCCUGGGUCAUCCUGUACUGGAUUCCCAGAGAGAAAAAGAAUGAAAUGAAAUCCAGGGUCUCUAGCCAGGCUCAGGCCACAUUCUCAGCUUCCUGAGCUCCAGCUCCGACCUGUGAUCUCUAUCUAGGACAUAAGUCUUGUAUGUGAGAACAUGUGUUUGGGUAAACAAACCUCACACUGUUUUCUAGGAGGUGUUCAAGAAGAUGCUGCCCCAUCAGUGCCUGGUUCCAUUUGGUCCAAGUAGAAUAAGCCUGGCAAUGAGCACCUGGCACCAUAGUCCAGGCCACCAUUACCCAAUUCAACAGUGUGCUCAACUGUGUCAUCACCACCUGCCUUGGCAACGCAUGCAUGACCACUGGGGGCAGGUCCAUGGUAGUGUAGCACUGGAUCAAGGUGGCCAAGGUAUGCUAUGGGAGGCCCAGCUGAUUUGCUCUCCUGAGCAUCAGGAACUGUUCUUCUGUCUUUAUCACUUCUCAGAGUUGAAGUCCCUCAUCUAAGACCUAGGGACAGUGUGGCUUCUGGGCUCUUCUUCCAAGGGCAUGCUGACCUUAACUUUGAUGGUCCAGUGUUGGGAUGCUUAGUUCAUAUCUGGCUCCUACUUUUGAGUGAGGCUCCAUACCCUAUGAUUUUCAAAAAUCAGGCCCUGGAAGUGAUUAGAAGUCUGAUGUUCUGGGAGGGCUAGGGGAAAGGAAAUUGAGGGGAAGGUACCAAGGGUCCUAGGACCCUCUACAUGGGAAGCUGUGGCAGGCCAGGAGGCUGAAGCAUUUUCAGAGGAGGGUCCCUGUGGGCCCCAGAGAGCAGGGACUCAUCCCUACCCUACCCCUCAUGAAACAGGGUGUCAUCCCCUACCUUGGCAUUUUCCUCACUGACCUGAUGAUGCUGGAUACUGCAGUGGAGAACUAUCUGGAGGUGGGUGAGCCUGAGGAUUGUGGAGGAGGGACCAAAGUCUUGAGGUUCGGGAGCAGAGAGCCCCUGUACUGAGCCCUGACCUCUCUGUACUUGGCAAACCUCCCCUCUUGACAGUCUCACAGCCGCCCCCGUGAGCUGGGAUCUCUGGCUCAUCUCAGUGAUGAGUGAAGGGAGGCUGCACUUAGGACAUUUGUUCCGAUGCCCAAGACUGGGGAAGCAGCAGAGCUUCCUGAAGGCAAAGGUUCAUGAGUUCUGCCUGAAUGAACACCUCCCUCUGUGGUUGCCUGUGGAGGAAGAGUGAAGUCAGGACCCUGCACAUCAGCAACACUUCAUAGUCCAGAAGCCCAUUCCUGCCUGAGGCUGCCAAACCUUCUAUCAUCAGAGAGGGUUGUGUUGCAGGGUCCCAACCUGUAACCAUUUCAACUGUUCCACACCCUCCUUUCUCUGGAUCCCAAGGCCUAUCCUGGACCCCAAUCCCAUUAUCUUUGUAUGAACAGACCCUUCAUGUGCAGCAUAAGAAGUGGUAGAUGUAAGGUACUAGUACUAACCAGGCAGCUCUCUAUAAUGGACUUUGCUUGUCUGCUUUCCAAGGGAAUGAGAACAACUGCCAGGAAAAGAAUAAGGUGAGCAUAAUGACACUUUUUGAAGGAAAGGGGAGAGGAGUGGGUAUCAGAGAUGUCCCUGGGAAGAACAUUUCUCAGCUCCAUCCCCUCCCUCUCUCAUUCACUGGAAUAGGUUGAUAAGAAACAAGUGGAAACCCCUUCUAGUUAGUAAGUAGGGAGAGAGGAAAGGCAUCAAGGAGAUCUUCCUAGAGGGUGGGAUAUUUCUGCUUGCCUCUGAGAACAGCCUGGGACCAGAUGAAUUUGCAGGCAGGAGGGUGGCCAUGUGUGCCAAAACCCAGGACAGGUCCCCCAUCCCACUUCUCAACUCUCACCAGGCCCUGCAGCUUCCUCACCCAGGCUCAGUAUGCAUUCUGUGCUUCUCUCUUGGCCCAGGGAUACUAAGUUAUGAUGGAGAUCGUGCUUCUCCAGGUGGCUGCAGAUAAUUGCAUCCCAGAACCCAAGGAUUAAUUUAGGCACUCAUUCCAGUCUGUAGUUCAGUGGGGUUCAGUGGGGACGAGAGGUGAGGCCCAUCAAGAGCUGGGUGAGGGUCAGUGUGGACUCUCUGUUGGCCCUUCCAGAGAUCUUUCUUCUAUAUCUCUCUGGGCAGCCUCAGGCAGUUCCCCGGGUGCCAGACUCCAGCUGUGGCAAAACACAUGGAGAGACUCCUGAAUUGGUGCUGCUGGUCAACUCACAGGUGUCCCUCUGUCCUUGGCUACAUCCUGUCCUGCCAGACAGAACCCCAUCCUAGCUGGCCAGCAGAACUCAAGAACAAGUAGAACUGGCCACAGUCACCCUCAUGAGCCCAUGUCUAGUGGCAGUGCAAGGAUUCCUCUUCAGAAUCUGGGGUACUUGUGGUGCAUAUACCCCAUCUACUCAGCAACCCUUCCUCCCUCCUAGUUACUUAUUUAUAAUGGGGGGGGGACAAUAUUUAAUAGUUUUAAAUAGUUAAGUAACAUAUUUGAAUAUGAUUAUAUUAAAGCUCUUUUUUCUCCUCUUAUAGCCAAGGAGUGUGAUUUGUUCUUUUACUUCCUACAGUAAUAUAAAAGAUGUAGACUCUCCUAUUCAUUCCUGAACUAAGAAAUCAUACAGAGUCAUCAACUAUUCUACCUGGGAAGAAGGAGAAGCGCCAUCUUUCAUCACUAGCUACUGUGGCAUCCCCAAAUCCUCUUAACUCAUAGGAAAGGUUCAUUUCAGUAUAAUGGUUUUGGGAAAACAGCAGAGACAGCCCCACCGAACUCCUGAGAUUGAGAUGUUGCAGGUACUUUCACAGGGAUAGCAACAACCAUUGAACUUGCAAGUCUUUGAGAAUUACACUCCCCAGUCCUUCCCAGGAGAAGGGCUGCCUUUCUCCACUCUAAAAGAAGGAAGACUAUAUCCUGC